AUGGAGAUCGUUCACUUUUACACGAAGCUCCGCGGUGAGUUUGGCCGCCAGUGUCUCUUCUCUGACCGGCCUGCUGAGCUGCUGGUGGACGUCCUCCCGGACCCGGAUCUGGGUCUGCAGUUCAUCCAGAAAGCCACGAGAGACCAGGCCCUGCAGGCCUGCCGGGACAUGUCCGAGCACCAGGUGAACUCAGAGCGCUUCGAGUCCGACAGCUCUGGGAUAAACCACGUGGAGGGGGGGUGGCCCAAAGACAUCAACCCCGAGGAGAUGGAACAAACCAUCCGCUUCAGGAAGAAGGUGGAGAAAGACGAGAGCUACAUCAACAGCAUCCUGGAGCUGGGCAGCGUCAUGGAGCACUGCAUCAGGCAGAACAACGCCGUGGACAUCUACCAGGAGUACUUCGAGGAUGAGGAGGAGGUGGAGCAAAGUCAGGAGCCGCCGUCCGCCAAGACCAUCAGCGUCUUCAGAGAUCCGAAUGAGCUGAAACGUACCGUCACCUGUCUGUCGUGGCAUCCUGACAGCGGCAGGAAGCUGGCGGCUGCCUACUCCUGCCUCGAGUUCCAAAAAACCUCCAAAGACAUGAGCCUGGACUCCUACAUCUGGGACAUCGAGAACCCGAACAGACCAGAGCUGACUCUGAAGCCGGCAUCUCCGCUCGUCUGUCUGGACUAUAAUCCCAAAGACUCCCACACUCUGGUGGGAGGCAGCUACAAUGGACAGAUCGCGUACUGGGACACCCGGAGAGGAAGCCAGCCGGUGGAGCUUUCCUCUGUGGAGCAGAGUCACAGAGAUCCAGUCUACAAGAUCAUCUGGCUGCAGUCCAAAACCGGGACAGAAGCUUUCUCUGCCUCCACUGAUGGACAGGUUCUAUGGUGGGAUGUUCGUAAGUUGAACGAGCCCACAGAACGUCUGGUUCUGGACCCGGGCAGGGAGGGGAACCUGGAUCGAGCUUUAGGAGCCAUCUCUCUGGAGUUUGAGGCGACCAUGCCAACUAAGUUCAUGGUGGGGACAGAGCAGGGCGUGGUCAUCUCCUGCAACAGGAAGGCAAAGACUCCGUCUGAGAAGAUUGUUUGUACCUACGACGGUCACCACGGACCCGUCUAUGCCUUGCAGAGGAACCCCUUCUUCCCCAAAAACUUCCUCACCGUGGGGGACUGGACGGCCCGAAUCUGGUCUGAGGACAUCAAGGAGUCAGCCAUCAUGUGGACGAAAUAUCAGAUGUCGUAUCUGACGGACGCCUGCUGGAGUCCAGUCAGACCCUCUGUCUUCUUCACUGUAAAAAUGGACGGUGUGUUGGAUGUCUGGGACAUCCUGUUCAAACAGAAUGAUCCUACGCUCAGUCUCAAGGUGUGUGACGAGGCUCUGUACAGCCUUCGUGUUCAGGAUAAUGGCCGUUUGGUCGCAUGCGGCUCUCAGCAGGGGGCGGCCACACUGCUGGAGAUCUGCCCCGGACUGUCCACCCUCCAGAAGAAUGAGAAGAGUCUGCUGGCUGCUAUGUUUGAGCGUGAGACGAAGCGGGAGAAGAUCCUGGAAGCUCGACAGAGAGAGAUUCGUCUGAAGGAGAGGAGUCGAUCGGAGCAGAGCAGAGAGGAGGAGGGAGGUCGAGAGGAGGGAGAGGAGAGUCCUGAUCAGCUGAUCGUCAGAGCUGAGAAGGACUUCUACAGCGUGGUGGAGACGGAGCUGAGGAGGAGGAGGGAGCGGGAGGAGCAGGAAAACCAGGAGAAAGAUGUGUGUGAAGAAAAAGAAAUGAAAGAUGAAGCAGAGACGUCAGAAACGUCCCAGUGAGGAGGAAGGUUUCCGUCUGAUAUUUAUUUAACCUGAGUGCUGGUUGAACUGUGAGCGA